AUGACUUACCCAGUGCCCGCGCGUCCGGUCAAAAACAUCUGUUGCAUCGGCGCUGGCUACGUCGGGGGACCAACCAGUGCGGUCAUUGCACGGGAAAACCCGGACAUCACAGUGACCGUGGUGGACCUGAGCGAGGCUCGCAUUGAAGCGUGGAAAUCAACCACAUUGCCCAUCUACGAACCCGGUCUCUACCAAGUGGUCGAGGUCGCGAGGGAUGGAACCGACAAUCGAGCACCCAAUAUCCACUUCUCGACCAACAUCUCCAAGGCUAUCGAGGAUGCCGAUCUAAUCUUUAUUGCCGUCAAUACCCCUACCAAGACCGAAGGCCUUGGUGCAGGGGGCGCGUCUGAUCUGGCCUACGUGGAAUCUGCCGCGAGACACAUUGCUGAGGUCGCCACCAGCGAUAAGAUCAUCGUCGAAAAGAGUACCGUCCCCUGCGGAACGGCGGAGAGCAUUCGUGAGAUCCUCGAUGCCCACGCAUCCCCUGACGUGCAGUUCGAUAUCUUGUCCAAUCCGGAAUUCUUGGCCGAGGGAACCGCCAUCAACGACCUACUUCGACCGGAUCGCAUCUUGAUUGGCUCCCUGGCCAACGAGAGGGGGAGAGAUGCGGCGGAAGCAUUGGCUCACGUUUACGCAUCCUGGGUGCCGAGGGAACGGAUCAUCACGAUCAAUCUCUGGUCUUCAGAACUCGCCAAGCUAGCCGCAAACUGCAUGCUGGCCCAACGCAUAUCGAGCAUCAACUCCCUGAGCGCCAUCUGUGAAGCUACAGGCGCCAACAUUGAGGAACUGGCGUUCGCCGUCGGUCUGGAUUCCCGGAUUGGCUCCAAGAUGCUCAAGUCUUCCGCUGGCUUUGGCGGCUCCUGCUUCAAGAAAGACAUUCUCAGCCUCGCGUACAUUGCAGAGACACUGCAUCUACCCGAAGUCUCUGCCUAUUGGAAGAGCGUCGUCGACAUCAACGAAUACCAAAAGGAGAGAUUUGCGAAGCGCAUCACAAAGCGCCUAUACAACACUCUACGAUCCAAGAAGAUUGCCGUCCUCGGCUUCGCUUAUAAGAAGAACACCGGAGACACUCGCGAAAGCCCAGCGAUUACGAUUGUGGGGCAGCUUAUUGCAGAAGGCGCCCGCAUUGCCAUCUACGAUCCACAAGUGUCAGAGACGCAAGUACGACAAGAUCUUGCACGAGAACAUCCAGCGGAAGUCAUCAAGCAGAGGGUUCAAGUGUACGAGAAUGCCUUCGCAGCCUGUGAAGAUGCGAGCGCGAUCGUCAUUCUGACCGAGUGGGAUGAGUUCAAGACCGAUCACAUCUACGAUAUCGCCGCGGAGAACGGCAGCCUGCAAAAGGAGAUGCUCGACAGGAAGAUCACCAACAACUCUCGCUCACACAGCUCCGACUCGGGAAGUAGUGACUUCGCAGACAGUGCUCUCGGGACGCCGCCUCUCGAGCGGCACAACGCACCACACUCGGCGAACUCUCCACCAGUGGGCAAGCGAAUCGACUGGGUGGCAAUCGCGGCCGCCAUGAAGCGACCCAGACUGGUCUUUGACGGACGGAAUGUCGUUGACAGUGAGAAGCUCGCGGACCUGGGCUUCACAGUGGAAUGCAUCGGUAAGCCGCCCAGGCAGCGUCCCGGGCGAGCUCAAUAG